ACUGCAUAGGUAGCCCAUGACGGUGACAGCAUUCCUGGAAUCAAGCAUGCUAAAUACAUCAACGUUCUCCUCACACACACGUGCAUGCUUCUUUCCUGCUUCUAUUCUGUGAUGGAGAACAUUUGAACCAGGUGCCUCUUAGACUAGUGAUCUGCGGUUGUUCCGUCUAAAAUCUCUUUAUGGUCCAAAGUGAAAUUUCACAGACUAUUUAGGACCGUUUGAACUCAGAUGCUUUGGAUUUACGUAUCUACCAGCCGCAGACGUCAUAAUGCUGGUAAACAAAUGUGCAACCAGUGGAGAUACAGUAUACUUAAACGUCAGAAAAGAUAUAACCAAUCACACAACUUCUUAAUGAGAGGCGACCGGAAUGCAUUAAUGCGUGAAGCUGCUUCCUGAUGUAAACACAGAAAUAUGAUUAUGGAGGCGCCGGUGGCAUCUGAUGGCGCGAUGUGUCAGGGAAUUACAGGUACCGGGCUGGCUCCGCGAAACGGUAAAAAUUCCUGACAGGUUACUGAAAAGAGACCAGGACAGGCUGGAGGAAGCGGCGCGGCGCAAAGAGGCUAAAGAAAAGUUAUCCGUUUCAGAAGAAAAAAUAGAUUACUUCUCUAACACGUUUAACACAGAGAAGACGGCAAUAUAGGAGCUGUUGUCGAUCUGUCCUGAAGCCGAUCGUGACCGGGUUUUAGAAGAGGCAACUCCAAGGAUGCAACAGCUUCAGAAGUUUCUGAAUGAUAGCACAGUGUUUCUUACACAAUAUGAGCUAAGGCAAGCGCAAGCAUCGUUACAGAAACUACAAUGCUCCUUAGAAGAAGUUUAUCCCCAGUAAAAUAUUUGCCUUUCGGUCGCGCAACAUUGGAGCAAAUAAAAUAAAGUCACACAGCCUCGUGAUGACCCCGCAUCCACAAAUUCAGGCUGCAGUGAUGGUAGCUUGGCCUUGGACAGCGUUGUAUGCGCAAAUCAAUGCGGUUUUUCCACCCACGCCCACUCGCAGGUUUUGACGAAGGGUGCGGACGAGAUCCACCAGCGAGACGUACUCCUUUCGCACCUGACAAAUUGUAAGGUGCGUUUGCUUGGGUCCCCGAGAACUUUGUACAUAAAUCAUGUCCAAGAUUCGGAAAUACUCUGUGGCCCGGUUUCCAGCUCUGUCUUCGUGGACCAGUGCACUGGCUGCACCCUUGCUUUCCCAUGGCAGCAGCUGAGAACCCACAAGACCACAGAUACGGAGGUGUGCCUUCGCCGACCCAUCAUCGAGGACUGUCGACUGUUUAACUUGUCCGGGUUGGACAUCGAAAGAAACUAUUGGAACCAGGUGGACGAUUUCAACUGGCUCGCAGUGGGCACUCCGUCUCCGAACUGGACUGUCAUUCCUGAUUUAGCAAAGAAAUGCACUUGUAAAUGAUAAACACGAUAGACAGGAACGACUAUAGUUACGAUGUGACAUUGUUUUUGUCGCAUUCACGAUCUGACUUACAGUACUGCACUACUCCAAUCCGCUACCGGUAUAUUUGUAAAGCCUUGAGAGGGAAAAGCAAUAGUCUUUGACACUGGAUAAAGCGCUGAAUAUUUGGAUCUCCAAAAAUGCUAAUAUGAACUGACAACGGCCACAUAAAAUCAAAAUCUAAUACCAAUUGUUAACAUGUCGUCAUAUAACCUAAACAAUUCAAAGGAUCAUAACUGGUAUAAACUGGGAUGCAAAUAUAGCAGAACAUGUGUACCCUAUAUAAAUUGGUUAUUGCAAUGUCAGCAUUGCUGGUAGGCUAAUGAUUAACCAAGUUUGUGAUUUUCAUAAAGGAGCCUCUGUUUACUUUUGAAGUAUAAUUAAAUGUGGUAUCAUUGCCUUGUGAAAAUUUGCCAUUACAAUCCUCUACUGUGGGAUAAUAAAACAUUGUGUGUGUAUGUUGUUAUGCAUUAAACCAAUUGCCAGAAAACUGAAAAAA